CACUUGGCGCGUGGCUCGAGGGCGAGAGGCGAGGAUGGCCAAGAGCGCGCUUUCUCCUGUAGUUGCCGCCGGGUACGAGAACAGCUGUACAGACGACGACGAGGAUAACGACAAUGGCGGCGACGUCUGGGAUGUCGGGUGCAAUUCGUCGCCUCACAGGAAGAAUUACGAUGAAGCACUGCAAACAGAUGACAAAAACGAGGCUUUUGAAAAAGCAUUGACUAGUUUAAAUUUGCCUGCUGUUGAAGACCUGUUAAAUUCAGGUGUAAGUGCAGAAUCCAAUUUUAAAUUUGGAUGGACUCCGCUGAUGUAUGCUGCCAGUAUUGCAAAUGUGGAACUCAUGCGUAUCCUUCUGUGCAGAGGUGCAAAUGCCAGCUUUGAUAAGGAUCAGUAUACAGUGUUAAUGGCUGCAUGUAAUGCCCAUGCUUCAGAAGAACAGAUUCUAAAGAGUGUAGAACUGCUUUUGUCAAGGAAUGCUAAUCCUAAUACUACAUGUAGAAAGAAAAUGACUCCCCUAAUGUAUGCAGCCCGUGAAGGUUAUCCUCAAGUUGUGGUUCUUCUAGUUGCUCAUGGAUCACAAAUAAAUGCUCAAGACGAAAGUGGUUACACUGCAUUAACAUGGGCAGUUCGCUGUGGACAUAAAAAAGUAGUGUUCAGGUUACUUGAACUUGGAGCUGAUAAAUCAAUACAGACAAAAGAUGGACAGACACCAAGAGAAAUUGCAAAAAACAACAAUCAUUCAGAGCUUUUUAGUUUACUUUCAUUGAUGGGAAAUCCUUUUCAAGGACGGUUUCAGAAAUUUGUUAAAGGAGAGGCUACUCAGAGUCUUUUGAAAGCAGUCCCUGAUGGAUUGCAAAGAUCCUAUGCAGCUUUUGGUGACCUGGAAGUGUUUUUACAUGGCUUUGGGCUGGAACACAUAACAGAGACAUUAAACGAAAGAGGGAUUACUUUGAGACAACUUUUGACCAUGAGAAAAGAGGACUUUGUAGAGAUUGGGAUUAAGGAUCAGAGAGAUCAACAAACCAUCAUAGAUGCUGCUAAAGAACUGCAGACAGAAGAAGUAAAGUUGGAAGAAUUGUCAGGAGUGAUGAAUGUAGAAUUCAGUGGCGAUGAGUUGCUUUCUUUUCUUCUGAAACUAAACAGACAGUGUAUUCAUCUUACGACUGCCGUACAGAAUGUGAUUAUUCAGUUCCCUACAGAUGCUCACAAGCUGGUCCUUCAAUGGAGUCCACCUGAGAGCCUCACUAAAUCUUGUGAAGAUCUCAUUUGCAAUGUGGUAGAUCUAAAUGGAGAAGCUUGUAAAUUAAGGAAGCUCAUGCAAGAGUUACACGAUGUGCAAAAGGACAAUCCUUGUCAAAUACAGCCUUUGGCGGUGAAGAGGAGAUGGAAAAAGACUUUUUUAAAAAUGGCAGCAAUGACAGCAAUUGGAUCCGGAUGUGUCUUUUUUAUCAGCAAGUUAACUUUAAAAAUCAUUACAGCUUAGCCAGAGCAAUCUUUACAUCUUUUAAACAGACCUAUUAAAAUGUAGUGUGCCCCUCCCCCAUAUUAAGAACUUACAAUAAAAAUCCUAUUCACUCAUGUUAUCAUUCAUUGUUAAUUCAGUUUAUGUCAGUACAAGUUCUUUGAUCUCCACUCCUUAGAAAGCAAGACAUAACGGAUUCUACAAAAUAUUGACAAUCUGUCUGCAUUUAUAAUUUUGUAUAUAAAAUUCAGUUUUUGUUUUUAUGGCAAAUAAAUCUUGGUUAUUGUGUUAGCCUACUACAAA